CUCUCUCUCGCCAGAGCCUUUGUUUCGUGGCACCAGUUGCUGAACAGGCACACGGUUACCAUGAAGUCCGAGGUCCGCAUUGUUCUUGUGGGCGACUCUGGAGUCGGCAAGUCCUCCUUGCUCGCCACACUGCUGACAAACUCGUUCCAGACCGAGGUACCAAAGGUGGUAACGCGACUGGUGGUCAAGCCCGGGACGAUCAAGAAGGUCCCGUUCACGACGUACAUUGUGGACACUUCGCCGGAUCCGACGGAUCGGGUCGUGCUGCAGCAAGAGGUCCGUGCUGCGGAUGCGGUGUGUCUGGUGUAUGCAGUCGACUCGCCACAGGGCGCCCAGGAGGAGCGUAUGGAGUACUGGCUCGAUGUGGUGCGGUCGCUGAAUCCGGCUGUCCCGGUGGUGCUGGUGGGCAACAAGGUGGAUCUCCGGCCUGAGGGCUCGCUCGCGGCGCGCAACCUCAAGCUCGAGCUCCGCCCCCUGAUGAACCGACACAAGAACGUAGAGAUGGUGGUCGAGUGUUCGGCCAAGCGGCAGCUGAACGUGCAGGAGGUCUUUUACUUGCACACAAGGCCGUUCUCCACCCGCUCUCGGUCAUCUUCGACUCGGACGCGUACGACCUGACGCCGCCGGCGCUCCGUGCGCUCACCCGCAUCUUCCGGCUCAUCGACUCGAACCGCGAUGGUAUCCUGUCCGACGCGGACGUGCAGGCCUUCCAGGCCAAAGUCUUUGGCCGCGAGCUCACGAGCGACAAGCUGGCCGAGAUGAAGGCGACCAUUGCCGAGACGCUGCCGCACGGCCUCGACAACGCCACGGGCGGCAUCACCCUGCAGGGCUUCCUCUUCAUCCAAGUCCACUUUAUCCAGCGCGGCAAGGUCGAGCUCCCGUGGACCGUCCUGCGGGCCUUUGGCUACUCGGACACGCUGGUGCUCUCGGCGCAGAUGCUCGCGCCCAUCGCUUUUGACUCCGGCACGUGGGCCGGCAUCAAGGCCACCAAGCAGGCGGCGCCGACGCCGGGCGACGGCCCGAAGCCGCUCAAGGCGCUACCGGCCGGGCCUAAUGCCACGCCGGGUGCCCAGUACGUGUGCCAGCUGUCCGAGCGCGGCGAGGCGGCGCUCCGUCACCUCUUCUCCCUUUACGACAAGAACAGCGACGGCGUGCUCACCGCCGCUGAGCUCGACGCGCUCUUUGAGACUGCACCGGACUCGCCGUUCAACUCGCCGGCGCUGCCGGAGCUGUACCAUGCGGUGCCGGCCUCGGACGUCGGCGACGUGGCCUGGCCCGACUUUCUGGGCGCCAUGCACCUGCUGCUGCUGCUCAAGCCGGCCGCCGCUGUCAAGUACCUGGUGUACCUGGGCAUGGAGCCCGGGUCGCUGCUGAGCGCAGGCACAGACUCGCUGCUCGAGGCUGUGCCUGCAGACGACACCGCCGCCCGCCGAGUCCUUCUGGUCCCCGUCGUCGGCGCUUCCGGCGCAGGCAAGUCGGCCACCCUCUCGGCCGUGCUCAAGACCUCGGCCUCGGCCCCGGCCCGAGGCGCCGCAGAGGACGGCGCCCGCCGCGCGUCGCGCCGCAACGCCCUCGCUCUGCUCAAGGCGCCCGACUCGGACGCCUCGCUCUACGUCGCCCUCGCCAAGGUCGACGCCGCAGAGGCCGCAGAGCUCCUUGCACCCGACGCCCCGCUCGUCGCACGCGCCACCGUCGGCCUCGUCGUCUUUGAUCCGUCGGCUGUUGCCUCGUUCGAAGCCGCCGUCGCCCAUCAAGAGCGCCUCGCCGAGCACGGCAUGCCCUCGCUCAUGGUCGCCACCCGCGCAGACACCGUCCGCCUCGACCCGGCCCAUCCCGUCCACGCCUACCUCGCCUCCCAGGACCUGCCCGACGCCAUCCAGGUUUCCGCCACCGCUGGUACCAACUUUGAGACGCUGCUCGGCGGCCUGACCCAGCUCGCAGCUUCGCCCGAGCUCGGCCUCCCGGCCUCGCACCGCGCCGCCGCCGCCAAGGGCAAGAUCGCUGUCCGCUCGCCGGGCGCUGCCGCCGCCCUCGGUUGGGGCGCCGUCGUCGUCGGUGGCGUUGUCGCCGCUGCCGCCGCCACCGCCGCCGCCAUGUUCUGGCGUCGUCGUCGCUAACACAAUGAACGCCUUUGUGCUUGUUA